AUGGAUGCCUCAGAAGUCGACGCGACUGCUGGACUCCCUUCCAUCGAAGAGAUGGUCUACCUGGACCAACCCUUUGACUUCACGCAGUUGUCACUCGAACAACUUGAAAUUGAAAAGCUCAAGUUAGAGAUCGCCCUGAGACAAGAGGAACUUCGGAAAGUACGACUAGACCGUCGAGCACUUGAGCACAUGAACGCCGCCGCGGCUGCUGCUGUGGCCGCCCACCAUCAGCAGCAGAAUACUCCUCCUGAUGCCCCUACGGACUAA